AUGCCAAUGUUAACCCAUCCACAAAACGCCGACGACUCCGAAAUAGAUAAGCAACAUUCUGAAGCACCUGCACAGCACCACCCCAGUGCCUUCGAGGAGCUGCCGCAAGCAGUCCGACAAAUCAUCAUCAAGUUUGUACUCGUGGCCCAUGGCGACAUCAAGAUCUCCCACCGCAUCGACAAGGCCGCUACUGAAACCAUCGUGAAAGCGUUCGACAUUUCGAAAAAACGUGGCACUGCCUCCCGACAACAACGACCAGACAAGCGUUACUAUCUCACCGCGGAGGUAACGGGUCUUCGCAAGAAGAAAUUGCAAUCAUACAGCUCCCUACACAACCCAGCCAUCAUCUUCCUCAGCAAAUCAAUCCACUCGGAAGCUGCCCAGGUGCUGUACGGGAACAACAGCUUUCGCUUCAUCAGCCCUGAGGCGCUCACCAGGUUCGCAGCUGUAGCUAAACAUGGAGCGCACUUUCUCAAAAGCGUUUCCGUCGAGGGUGUCAACCUCUGGAGCACCUCGUUUGUGAAGCUGCAUGCGCUAGAGCACGCAGCGGGACUCCGAAGGCUUCACAUCAAAGUAUUGGACCAAACAGGGACGAUUCACAGCAUCAAGGAAGCGGCCAAUACUCAGCUCGACAAGAUCCUGCUCCCGCUCCACAGGCGCGCGACGAACUGCUCCUGCUCCACCGAGCAUAUCUGCACAUGCGUCACAGUUGAAGAGCGGGAGCGUUAUGUCGAUACGAUUGCGCUACACAUGGGCAAUUCACCAUUUCACUGCCCAAACGGAGAGGGUCACCGUGAGCUGGACUCUAAAGAUGAGGAAGACGCAAGCAUGCUAAGAAAGGCGAUCUUGGGGAGCUGGAAGCGCAGGAUCGACCACCGAGGUGGGAAGGAUACUGGCAGAGCUGUAAGCCAGGCUACACGCGGGGCUGUGUUGAAGCAUAGAGAGGGCAAGGGUGAUAUUGGAUGGUGGAAGCAACUUCACGAGGCGCCGAAGCACAAGACGGGAGAGGGAGGCGAAGGAAGCGUGGAGGAGGGUAUCAGGGCAGGGAAGCAGGCCUGA